AUGGCAAGCCCUGGUAUACUCAAUUUCUUAGAUCUACCACCCGAAGAAGAGCCAGCAUCCAAGGAUUCUCAACAUGGGUCGUCCAAGACGCCCAAAAAGUCGUCCCUGGCCGCCGAGUUCUUGCCGAUGCUAAGCACGGAAGGACUGGAGUCCGAUUCCGGCGACGACCUGCUGAGCGCUCCGGAGAGAUAUCAAGAUGUUCUGGCCAUGGCCUGUGAACCACCUCCUCAGGCUUUCCCUGGAGUUCCCACGCAUGUGAUCCUUCGGGUUCUGAAAAUCAGCGGCUUGCCGAUGGACGUGAAAGGGAAAGGAAUCCCUGGACGUGAAAGUCUGGGAUUUUUCCUGGAGGAGAAGGAUCCUUUGCAGAGGAGCACUGCUGCUUGGGACAGAGAUGCUCCAGGCGUGCGUCCACGGAAUUCCUUGCACUUAGCGGCGAUUCCAGAUGCCUUUGCUUACAUUGCUUUGGAGCUUUUCCCACCAGGCUCCCAGUUCCCAGCACGACCUCUCACUGGUGAGGAGCAAAUGGAGCGAAAUGUGCGGGAGCUGCAGGCAGAGCCUGUCAUCCAUUGCCGCUUCUGCGACGGUUAUGGUAGGAGGAGUUGUGAUGGCUGCGGCGGCCACGGGAUUCUUGUGUGUGGAACCUGCGAUGGCAUGCCGGCACUGCCAUGUCCAGCGUGCCGUGGCAAUGGCUUGCUCCAAGACAAUUUAGAGGGCAUCGGAGGGCCUUUGAGUCAAAGGAAAGUGGACGGAGAAGUCGUCAGUACAGUGCGGGGCCGCCGAUGUCAAAAUUGCUGGGGAGCGCCCUUGACAUGCAAAGCCUGCUUUGGGGCCGCGGCCCUACGCUGCAACAUCUGCAACGGAGCUGGGUGGUCAGCGGUCGAUGUAGAUGUUGAGCAGAAAGAGGCCGUAGCAUUGCGGGAUGGCCAGAAUGCCGAGCUUGGUGAAGUUUUGGAUCAGGAGUAUACGGCAGGCUUCUAUACAGACAUUGAGUCAGAGUCCUUGCCGAAGGGCCUUAACGAGGACAUCGUUCGGAAGAUCUGGGAGAUUAAGGAGGAACCAGACUGGAUGCUAGAAUUUCGCCUGAAUGCCUUCAGGAAGUGGAAAAGCAUGAAGAUGCCAGAAUGGGCACACUUGGAGAUGGCAGAGAUUGACUUUCAGGACAUUGUAUACUACUCCAGACCAAAGUCAAAGGCCAAGAAGCAGAGCCUCGACGAGGUGGACCCCGAGCUUCUGAAUACCUUUGAGAAGUUGGGCAUCCCGCUUACGGAACAGAAGCGCCUGGCCAACGUGGCGGUGGAUGCGGUCUUCGAUAGUGAGAGCAUUGGCACAACCUUUCAGAAAGAACUUCAAGAGGCAGGAGUCAUUUUCUGCUCCAUCAACGAGGCAAUCAAGGAACAUCCAGAGCUGAUCAAGAAGUACUUGGGCUCUGUUGUUCCAACUGCUGACAACUAUUUUGCUGCUCUGAAUAGUGCGGUCUUCAGCGAUGGAUCCUUUUGCUACAUCCCCAAGGGCACCACGUGCCCGAUGGAGAUCUCCACCUACUUCCGCAUCAACAACAAGGAGUCUGGUCAAUUUGAAAGAACCUUGCUCAUUGCUGAUGAGCAGAGCUAUGUCUCAUACUUGGAAGGAUGCACUGCACCAAUGUUCGACUCAAAGCAGUUACAUGCUGCAGUGGUGGAGCUUCAUGCUGCAGAGGGCGCCGAGAUCAAGUACUCCACAGUGCAAAAUUGGUACGCUGGUGAUAAGAACGGAAAGGGUGGAAUUCUCAAUCUGGUCACAAAGCGUGGUGUGUGUGAGGGGAAGAAGUCCAAGAUCUCCUGGACCCAGGUUGAAACUGGCUCCGCUGUCACCUGGAAGUACCCAUCCUGCGUGCUGAAGGUCUUCGAAGCUGUUGAAGAGCAAGAAGAAGAGCAUGCAGAAGAGGCUGAGGCUGAGGUGGACUUACUCGAAUUCCGGAUUGGAAUGCAGAGUUGCAUCGUUUGCGUAUAA